AAACCGCGGCCAAGUGAAAGGCCCGCUCCGCCGAAUUUCCGGGGCGGAACCGGAAGCCCCCAGCUUGCCCAAUAGAAAGGCGGCGGGGAAUCGCAGUCUCGCGAGAGUUCGGCCACCGGCUCCUUAGGGAACCAGCCAUGGAGGGCGAGCGGGCGCCGCUGUUAGGUUCGCGGCGGGGGGCGGCGGCGGCAGCGGUCGGGGUGUUUGCGGGGCGGCGAGCGGCGUGCGGGGCGGUGCUGUUGGCCGAGUUGCUGGAGCGCGCGGCCUUCUACGGCGUCACGGCCAACCUGGUGCUGUUCUUGAAUGGCGCGCCGUUCAACUGGGAGGGCGCGCAGGCCAGCCAGGCGCUGCUGCUCUUUAUGGGCCUUACCUACCUGGGCUCCCCGUUCGGGGGCUGGCUCGCCGACGCGCGGCUGGGCCGGGCGCGCGCCAUCCUGCUCAGCCUGGCGCUCUACCUGCUGGGCAUGCUGGCCUUCCCGCUGCUGGCGGCGCCCCGCUCGCGCUCCUUUCUCUGCGGGGACCCGCGCCCGGAGCUCGUGCGCAACUGUUCGGCCCCCUUCCCGAACGGGACGGCGGUGUGUCCCGAUGCCGCUGCGCGCCGCUGUGCACCGGCCACCUUCGCGGGUCUAGUGCUCGUGGGACUCGGUGUGGCCACGGUCAAGGCCAACAUCACGCCCUUCGGCGCGGAUCAGGUUAAAGAUCGAGGUCCAGAAGCCACUCGGAGAUUUUUCAAUUGGUUUUACUGGAGCAUUAAUUUGGGAGCAAUCCUGUCAUUAGGAGGUAUUGCAUAUAUUCAGCAGAAUGUGAGCUUUCUCACAGGCUACCUGAUUCCCACGGUCUGUGUGGCCAUUGCUUUCCUGGUCUUCCUCUGUGGCCAGAGUGUCUUCAUCACCAAGCCUCCUGACGGCAGUGCCUUCACUGACAUGUUCAGGAUUCUGACCUACAGCUGCUGCUCCCAGAGAGGAGGGCAGCGGAGAAGUGGUGAAGGCCUUGGAAUCUUUCAGCAAUCUUCUAAACACAGUCUGUUUGAUUCAUGUAAGAUGUCGCGUGGAGGGCCGUUCACAGAGGACAAAGUGGAAGACGUGAAAGCCCUGGUCAAGAUUGUGCCCGUGUUCUUGGCUCUGAUUCCUUACUGGACAGUGUAUUUCCAAAUGCAGACCACAUAUGUUUUACAGAGUCUUCAUUUGAAGAUUCCAGAAAUCUCAAGUAUCACCACCACCCAUCACACGCUGCCUGCAGCUUGGCUCACCAUGUUUGAUGCGGUGCUCAUCCUCCUGCUCAUCCCACUGAAGGACAAGCUAGUGGACCCAGUGCUGAGGAGACAUGGCCUGCUCCCAUCCUCCCUGAAGAGGAUUGCCGUGGGGAUGUUCUUCGUCAUGUGCUCUGCCUUUGCUGCAGGAAUCCUGGAGAGUAAAAGGCUGGACAUGGUAAAGGAGAAGACCAUCAACCAGACCAUUGGUGGUGUUGUAUACCAUGCUGCUGACUUGCCCAUCUGGUGGCAGAUCCCACAGUAUGUGCUCAUUGGCAUCAGUGAGAUAUUUGCAAGCAUAGCAGGGAACAUCAACAGCUGCCACCUGCAUUACUAUUUCUUCCUGCUGGCCGCCAUCCAGGGAGCUACACUGCUGCUUUUCCUCAUUGUGUCUGUGAAGUACGACCGCCAGCGAGCCAGGACAGAUGGGGGGCCAGCCAGCACAAGGACCUGAUGCAGCCAGCCAGCAUGCUCACAAGUUCUGCAGACUCUAAGGCCUCAGGUCUUGCUAACUACCAGGGCACUGCCAGCAAGCAGAUUGAGGCUAGAUUGUUGGGGUCCCAACUUCUGAUCUUGCAUGUUUUCUGGACUGGCUUCUCCCUCCCUGUGCCCGGAUGAUGGUGGUGAGUGCCUUACUGUGGCCUGUCAGGAGAUGAGAAUGUGGCUUCUCACUGAAGGUCUCUGCUAGUCCUGAGCCAGCCGUGCUUUCUCUUGUAGAAUCCUGGGCAGCCACUGAUUGCUGUGGUAUCUUUAUCCUUACAAUUACUGUUACUUCCUCAUAGCAUCUCCUUUAAGAUCAGCGAGCACUUCUAUCAAGGGCUAGGAGGAUUCUCUUUAGAGAUGAAAGUGUGGUUGAUGUCCAGAGCGCCCUAGGAGCUGCGUCUGCUCCAUUCAUGAUCUCUUGUCACAGGUCUUGCUGAUGCCAAGGCCUUUGUGGGUCAGUGGUGAAGACUCAUCUGCUCAGAAAGAAGGUUGUGUUGACUGAGAUGAAGAAGUUUUUAUUAGAUUAGGCUGACCUCAAACUUGGCCUCCUGUCUGCUUCUCAAGUGCUGCGAUCUCAGAUAUCUGUUACCAUGGUCAACAGGACUUAGGUCAUGCAGUACUGACCUGCUGUAACACAUGCAUCAGUGGUGACUGAGGACACCAUGUCCUCACAGACACCAGGCAGGUCUUUUCCAAGAACUUGACUUUGCGUAGCAGUAAGGAUGGAGGGAGGCAGGUGGGGAGUGGGGACACACGGGAGCUGUCGGGCUACCCGCCCACCUCUGUAUCGUUACUGACAUUCGGGGUUCUGAGUUUGUCAACUAAACUGUUCUGUGUGUUGCUGUGUUUUGUAUAAUUUUAUAAAAGCUUCUCAGACAUGA